AUGCCUCAAAGCCUAAGACUGCGAACACUUGACUUAGCACAUGAGGGUCACCCGGGUAUGACGAUCAUGAAGCAACGUUUGCGUGCGAAGGUAUGGUGGCCAAAAAUCGAUACUCAGGUUGAUAAGUACGUUAAGGAUUGCCGUGGAUGCAUGCUAGUAGCAGCACCUGCUGUCCCGGAACCGAUGAAGCGUAGAGAAUUGCCUACAGAGCCUUGGCAACACUUGGCUAUCGAUUAUCUCGGACCACUUCCAACUGGACACUACUUGUUUGUGGUUGUCGAUUAUUUUAGCCGCUAUAUCGGGGUUGAGAUAAUGGAGAAGAUUGAUUCGAGAGAGACCAUUAAGAGGUUAACUACAAUUUUCGCUCGAUUUGGUCUGCCGAUUUCUAUCACUGCAGAUAACGGUCCACAAUUAGCCAGUGAAGAAUUUCGAGUAUAUUGUGACACGAACAACAUCCAGUUGAUCAAUACCAUUCCUUACUGGCCACAACAAAACGGUGAAGUGGAACGACAAAAUCGUUCCAUUUUGAAAAGACUUUCCAUUAGCCAGGCGACCAAUGCAGACUGGGAAUCGGAGUUAAAUAAAUAUCUGUAG